UUUUAUGAAAAGAAGCAUUGCUUCUGUAAAAGAUUUAGCUGAUUAUUUUAAUGUUGCUAUACAGCAUAGAGCAAAUAAUACAUUAGUAGCUGGAUAAUAUGUUGCUAGAAAAGUAGUGAUAUUAUAGCUAAUAUAAUAAGGUUUCAAUAGUGUCUUUAUUUAUGUAAACAACAAAAGGGAGAGAUAAGAUUUGUUGUUUGAUUUAGUAUUUAGCAGAUUUAUAUGAAGCUUGCAUUAAAUUUUCAAAUAUUCCUGAAAUUUAAGCAGCAUCAUCAGAUAUGUUUUCUAAGAAAAUAGCUUCUCGAAUUAGAGAGUCUAUGAAAAAUGGAAGAAAGAUAUUUAAAUUUUUAAAAUUCUUUGAUUCAAUUAGAUGUUUGAGUAAUAUACAUUCUAAAAAUAAGCCAAAAUAUUAUAAAAUUACUACAUCUAUAAUGCAUGUUUGUAAUUUUUUUUAUUAUAUAAUGGAUCACAUUAUAUGGGGUAUUAAUAUUGGUGUUUUAAAGUAAAAUAUAAUUAUCAUAUAAAUAGUGAAAUUGUGUCACUUAAGGCAAAAUCAACUAUUAAAGGUUAUAAAGACUCUUUUUCAUUAGCAAAAGCUUUACUAAAAUUAUUGAAAUCUUUUUUUGAUUAUAAGAUCAUUUACGAUAAAGAAAUAGAUUUAGUUAAAGAAAUCUAACAAAUACCAGAUAAAUCAAUUUAUGAAGAUACUAUUGCAGUUUAGUGUGCUAAUAGCUUGAUUAAUAGCAGAUAAAAAAGAAGAAUUAAAUAGCUUAAUUUCAUAGUUACAUUAUUGAGAAUUGUAAUGUUAUUAAGAAGAUUAAAAUUGUUUGGAUUAAAUAAAAAAAUUAGCAAAAUAUUUUAUUCAUGUAGUGGUUUAACUAUAACUCUAAUAAAUAUAAUGGUUUAAUUAAUUAACAAUAAUGAAAUGAUUAAUUAAAAAUUAGAAAAGAAUGAGAAGGAAAAAGAAAAAGAUAAAGAAAAGAAGCUCGCAAGAGUAAAUUCUUUCAUUCCUUAAAAUCACUAAUUAAAGAAAGUUAAAUCAGAAUUAGAAAGAAUUUUGGGAGAUGACUCAGAAAAUGAAGGAGAUUGA